AUGGUCGGAAUUGGUGGACGUAUGAAUGUCGCUGUGGAAAACCAGCAGCCUUUGCAUAUAGCAUGCCGACAAGGGUUUGAUGAUGUUAUAAUGCUUCUCAUCGACAAAGGAGCAGAUGUCAACGCAGUUCAUGGGUAUGACAAAACACCGCUUUUCUACGCCUGCCAAAACGGCCAUUUCUCUACUGUGAGGCUUCUUAUCGAGAAUGGAGCCAGAGUGGACUUUAGGGGGGCACAGGGUGCUGCCUUUCUGAUCGCUGCAUUGGAAUCUGGACAUUCGGAUGUAGUGAGAUUCCUUAUUGAGAAUGAAGCAGAUGUGAACGCUAGAGGGGAUAAUGAGCUUUCACCUCUUUUUUUGGCAUCGAAGAUGGGACACGAGCCAUUGGCCCAGCUUCUUGUUGACCGCGGAGCGGAUGUCCACACAAGAGACAGAGAAGGGAGGACACCUCUUUUCUCAGCCGCACAUCCAGGAAUAGCGAAUCUCCUGAUCAAAAGGGGUGCAGAAGUUAAUGCAAAAGAUAAACAAGGAAAUACACCCCUUCUGAUCGUCGCUGGGGGCUUCCAUGUUGAGUCACGGUCCUUCAGCGACGAAGGAGCCGACGUUAGCUGUGGAAAUGAAAGUUCAAACCCUCCACCACUAAUGACGAAAUGCGAGCCCGUGGCGAAGCUACUUAUUGAAAAGGGGGCCGACAUUAAUGUCAAAAAUUCAAUCGGAAUUACGCCAAUCAGCUUGGCCUUGAUGAGGAGGGGGGAAAGAAGCUAG